AAGACGGUGAAGAAGGAGAACCUCCCGUCGAAGACGUGCGUGACGUGUGGGCGGCCGUUCACGUGGAGGAAAAAGUGGGAGCGAUGCUGGGACGACGUCACGACGUGCUCCAAGUCGUGCAACGCCGCGAGGAAAAGCGACAAGCGCGGC